AUGAUUCGCUCUAAAUUUAUUCAAUUAACAUAUUUCGCUAAAUAUGUUUGUAGUUCAGGAACUUAUAAAAACGCCACGCUAUGUUCACAAUCUAAAAUACCUUUUCAAACAUUUCAUACAAUCAAUAAUUCUAUUCGAUGUUAUACUAACCUACCAACUGUACAAAACAAUGGCGAAUCACAACCAGAAACUGAGACAAGCAAGAAAAUGCAAAUAAUAUUUACUUGCACAGUAUGCAAUACUAGAAACAGUCGAAAGUUUUCUAAGAUUUCGUACGAAAAAGGAAUUGUUAUCAUAGAAUGUGAUGGAUGCAGUAAUAAUCAUUUAAUAGCUGACAAUUUAGGAUGGUUUCCGGACACAGGAUACAAAAAUAUUGAAGAAAUAUUAACAGCAAAAGGCGAAAAGGUAAAAAGAAUAAAUGGAUGUUGGGAAAUUGUGUCAAAAAGUAAAGCAUAA